CACAACCCCAACGAGAUCUUGCAACUUUGCGACCGAGCGACGCUACAGCAACUUCUCACCCUCAGCACCACCACAGCACCGACAACAUGGGCCGUCUUCACAGCAAGGGAAAGGGCAUUUCUGCCUCCGCGCUCCCCUAUUCGCGCUCCGCGCCGGCGUGGCUGAAGACCACCCCUGAGCAGGUCGUCGAGCAGAUCUGCAAGCUCGCCAGGAAGGGCGCUACUCCUUCGCAGAUUGGCGUUAUCCUGCGAGACUCCCACGGCGUUGCCCAGGUCAAGAUUGUGACUGGCAACCGCAUUCUCCGAAUCCUCAAGUCGAACGGCCUUGCUCCCGAGCUCCCUGAGGAUCUGUACAUGUUGAUCAAGAAGGCUGUCGCUGUCCGCAAGCACCUCGAGCGCAACCGCAAGGACAAGGACUCCAAGUUCCGCCUCAUUCUCAUCGAGUCCCGCAUCCACCGUCUCGCCCGCUACUACAAGACCGUCGGCGUGCUGCCCCCUACCUGGAAGUACGAGUCGGCCACCGCCAGCACCAUUGUCGCAUAAAGGGCGAACAAUUGGAGAAGGAAUGCUGCACCCGGAGGAGAGCGGUGAAAACCCUGGUCUCGGAGUUGGGGGAAACUUUUACGGAAAACCUGCAUUUAGAGAAGCAUGAUGCGUGUUUCCAUGGUCUGCAAGGCCGAGAAGUAGUCCACAGGCCCAUAAUUGAAGGCCCCUGGCUACAAUCAAAGUGUCCCGUUACUCUCGUUG